CCUGGCUUGACUUAUAAAUGACAUGGGCGUGCGUCCUUUAUAGUGUUCCGUAGUCCGGUAGCUUAGGUACCUGAAUGCCCGAACCGCAAUAAGCACAGGUACCCAUAGUACCUGCCCACUUCGGCACGGAAUCCGAUCCUGCUACGUACCUGACAUAAUCUCUGCCUGUAGGUAAGCCUUGCCCCUCCCUAGGGCUCGACCUUCAACGACACCUGCCAUCUUUCCUCAUUCAACUCGAUCCUUUCCCCCCUGCCGACGACCUCACUACCUGCACACUCAUCAACUAGGUAGCCUUUGGUGGUAUCCGGCUACCCUCACCAUAUUCGAGUCGAGCCAUCCACACCAACCGCAGCCUUCAGAGGGCCCUUGAAACCCCACUCUCCCCUUCUUAAUCCCUGUUCGACUGCUGCCCCGCCUCGGACGCCGCUAGGAAGCACGAUGGCGCCUCUCAAGCUCAUCAGUGCCUCGGACGAAUCCAAUGUCAUCUGUGUCUACGACAAGGACGGCAAGCCUACCAAGACUAAGAAGGGCGUCCGUACCUACGCCAAGUUCCUGCUGGAUGUCUUCUUGCCUGCCGGCUACCCUCACACCGUGACCGAGGAUUAUACCAAGUACCAGAUCUAUGAUUCCCUCCAGGCUUUCUCUAGUACCAUUGCCAGUCUUCUGUCCUCCCGCGCCGUCCUCCAGGGCCUCGGCCUCGGCGAAUCUUCCUCUGCAGCAACUGCUGCUGUGCUAUUCACUGUGGCCCAGGACUCGGCUGGCCGUAUUGCCACUAUAAUGUUUGCCCAUGUCUGCGGCCGCGCCAUCGAACCUGAGUGCAAGUUCUUCCGCUACUUCGCUGAUAUUGUCAAUGAUGCUGCCUUGGUCCUUGACCUCAUCUCUCCCGCUCUGCCGUUCCAGCCCAAGAUCUUCACCAUCUGCCUGGCCGGGAUUCUUCGUGCCCUCUGCGGCAUCUCUGGCGGAGCGGCCAAGGCCUCCCUAAGUGCUCACUUUGCCAAGACCGGAAACCUGGCCGAGCUCAACGCCAAGGAUGGCAGCCAGGAGACCGUUAUCUCGCUGAUGGGUAUGCUGGUCGGAAGCAUGCUCGUCCAUUAUGUCCAUAGCAAGACGGCGGUCUGGGCCUGGAUGAUCGUCCUGAUCGGAACCCACCUCUGGACGAACUACCAGGCUGUCCGCGCCGUCCAGCUGCGCACCCUUAACGAGCAGCGCCUGUACAUCGUCAUGAAGGAGCUGCUAUCUAAGGACAUUAUCCUUCGCCCGGACCAGGUCGCUGCCCGAGAGCGUAUCCUCGACUGGUGGAGUAUGCCCAUCCACUUCGCCACCGAACCCCCGGCUCUCGGUGAGAUCACGCCCGCCGAGCUCGAGAAGAGUAGGCUCCUCUGGUACGUCAUCGCGGGACGCGGCACGCGCAAGACGAAGAUCUUCUUAAAGCAGGGGGCCAACGAAAGGGAUGCCCUACUAGCCUGGAUCGACGCGUUUACCGAUCCCCCGCGGGUCGAGGAGAUCCAGUUGCUCUGGCCGACGCUCGCGGCCGCCGGCUGGGAUCUGCAAACCAACGCUCUCGAGAAGGGCCGUGCUAUCCGCAUCAAGGUGGACGACGUCGAAUCCCAACACCGCGACUAAUCACAUAGCAUUAUGCGUUAUGGUUUCGGUACGAGAGAUGCGGCGAUAGCUCCUACUUUUGGGGUGCUCUUGUAGUGGCUUAGUGGCUUCUGUUACCUUUUCGGGCGUGGUAGGAGGUUAGGGGGUACACGGAAACGGACAAAUUCGGAAACGGACGGCAUGGACUUUUAAAAAAAGAUACCCCAGGGACGCGAUGCUUUGACUUUUGCAUUCUCGCCCCCGAGAUAUGACGAUUUUUCGGGGCAACCAGAGGGUCCUCUUCUCCUCGUUACAGACUAUCACAC